GCACCGGCACAGCCGCGCCGCGCAGCGCAGCCGUGACCAAAUCAGCGCGACCCCGACGGACCCCCCAUCCAGCUGCCGUGCCGCCUCCUUCCUCACUCCCUCCCGUUCCCGUCCCUACUCCCUCCCUCCUUCCUCGCACCGCUUCCGCUGCUCUGCUCGUCCCAUCCCGUCCUCCGCCCACCUCUCCCCCCUCCUCCCAUCUUCCCCUUCCCAGUGGAAAGGGAAGCAGGAGGGAGAAAGAAAUCAAAGGAUCUUCUUCUUCUUCCCUCGGACGCGCUCCUGCGCAUGGAUCCGCCGGGCUCCGGGCUCCCGGCGCCGCCGAGGAAUCCUGCCUCGAUCCGUGGCCGGCCGGGCUGGAGACGGUGCCGGUGCUAGUGCUGCUGGUUCCGCUGCGUUUCUUGGGGUGCUGCCUGCCGCUGUUCCUUCGCAUGGCCUUGCGGACCGCCUCCUCCUCCUCCUCUUGAUGCCGGCUGCUGCAGGAGUGAUGGCUGGACGGCGCAGGAGACUCGGCAUGGAAUCAGCAACCGGCGCGCAUGAACACCUCGACGCGCCUGCACGAAUGCGGAUCUGAAUGAAGCCUGGUUGGUAGAGCCCGAUGGUGGGAGCAGCGCGGCACGGGAUCCCCUCCGUGUGGGCCCUCCUGUUCCUCUCCUCCCUGCUCCUCCUCCCGCCGCCCGCGGCGUCCGCCGACUUCAGCCACUGCGGCGGCUGCGACGACGCCGACGACGCCGGCCUCUGGGCCACCGACAACAUCCUGCAGUGCCAGAAGGUCAGCGACUUCCUCAUCGCCGCGGCCUACUUCUCCAUCCCGCUCGAGCUGCUCUACUUCGCCACCUGCUCCGACCUCUUCCCCCUCAAAUGGAUCGUCCUGCAGUUCGGGGCCUUCAUCGUGCUCUGUGGCCUCACGCACCUCAUCACCGUCUUCACCUACGAGCCGCAGCCGAACCUGUUCCACCUCGUGCUCGCGCUCACCGUCGCCAAGUUCCUGACGGCGCUCGUCUCCUUCGCCACGGCCAUCACGCUGCUGACGCUGAUACCGCAGCUGCUGAGGGUGAAGGUCAGGGAGAACUUCCUCAUGAACAAGGCACGUGAGCUGGACCGGGAAGUGGGGAUGAUGAAAAGGAAAGAGGAAGCGAGCUGGCAUGUGCGCAUGCUCACGCAGGAGAUACGCAAGUCGCUCGACAGGCACACCAUCUUGUACACCACCAUGGUCGAACUCUCAAAGACUCUGGAGCUGCAGAACUGUGCUGUCUGGAUGCCUGAUGACAGCAGGAGUGAGAUGAUCUUGACACAUCAGUUGAGGGAGAGGGAUAUAAUGGACCCACAGAACCGCUCGAUCCGGUUCCAUGAUCCAGAUGUCCUUGAAAUAAAGGCAACAAAGGAUGCAAUAGUUCUUGGACCAGAGUCAGCACUAGGGGUUGCUAGCCGAAGUAAACUUGAAGCUGGGCCUGUGGCUGCAAUAAGGAUGCCAAUGUUAAGUGUGUCAAAUUUCAAAGGAGGGACUCCAGAGGUCAUGGAAACGAGUUAUGCUAUCUUGGUUCUGGUUUUACCUAAUGAUGGGUCAUUAGGGUGGGGUCGAAGAGAGUUGGAGAUUGUUGAAGUAGUUGCUGACCAAGUUGCAGUUGCUCUGUCCCAUGCUGCACUCCUAGAGGAGUCCCAGUUGAUGAGAGAGAAGCUUUCCGAGCAGCAUAGAGACUUGCUGCGGGCAAAGCAUGAAGCCAUGAGGGCAGGGGAAGCUCGGAAUUCCUUCCAGAGUGCCAUGUACGAUGGAAUGCGAAGGCCAAUGCACUCGAUCCUCGGUCUCGUCUCAAUGAUGCAACAGGAGAGCAUGAAUCCAGAGCAAAGGCUUGUAAUGGAUGCCAUUGCCAAAACAAGCAGUGUUGCAUCCACACUAAUGAAUGAUGUUAUGCAGACAUCAACAAUGAAUCAUGAGCACCUGUCUUUGGUGAGGAGGCCGUUCAACCUUCAUUCCCUAAUUAAAGAAGCAGUCGGUGUGGUCAGAUGUCUAGCUGGCUGCAAGGGUGUGGAGUUUGAGUUUCAAGUGGAUAAUUCUUUGCCGGAAAGGAUAAUUGGAGAUGAGAAGAGAGUCUUCCAUAUUGUCUUGCACAUGGUUGGCACUCUAAUGAACCGAUGUAAUGCCGGCUGUAUCUCGCUAUAUGUCAAUAGCCAUAAUGAGAUUGAAGAGAGGCAUAAUCAGGAUUGGAUGCUGCGAAGAGCAAACUUCUCUGGGGGCUAUGUAUGUGUGAAAUUUGAGAUUAGGAUUAGAAAAUCCAAAGACUAUCUUUUGAGUUCAUCAAGCAGUCACAUAAGUCAGGGAUCCAAACCCAACAAUUCUGAGAUGGGGCUUAGCUUCAAUAUGUGCAAGAAGAUUGUGCAGAUGAUGAAUGGUAAUAUUUGGUCAGUAUCAGAUUCUAAAAGCAUCGGAGAAACCAUCAUGCUUGUCCUCCAGUUCCAGCUGCAACCUGUGACUCCUGUUUCUGGAGCAUCCUCAGAUUUGUACCGAUCAUCAAUUCCCAAUUUUAAGGGACUCAGAGUCCUUCUUGCAGACAGUGAUGACACAAACCGUGCUGUAACUCACAGGCUCCUAGAGAAGCUUGGUUGCCGAGUCCUCUCGGUCGCUUCUGGCGUCCAAUGCAUGAACUCCUUUGCUACUGAGUCGUCUUUCCAGCUGGUGAUUCUUGACCUCGCCAUGCUAGACAUGGAUGGAUUUGAAGUAGCUCUCGCCAUCAGGAAGUUCAGUAGCAACAGUUGGCUGCCGUUGAUUGUUGCCCUCGCUGCAAGAACUGACGACAACGUCCGGGAUCAAUGCCAGAGGUCAGGAAUAAACGGCCUGAUCCAGAAACCAGUUACAUUAGCUGCACUGGGAGAUGAACUGUGUAGAGUCCUUCAGAACAAUUGAAAGAGCCUGAUGGUUCUCGUUUCUUUCAAUCUCAAUAGAUUGCUGUAGUUUGAUCAAUAGUUACUCUGCUACUAGAUUCUGCCAGGUUAGAUCCAUACAAUCUCAAAUUAUUUCAGACAAAGGAAAAUGUAUAGGAAGCCGUAAACAUCGCCUUUUUCUUGGUUCCUUCGCGAAGGAAAGAAAUGUGCAAAAUUUUUGGAAGAUAAUAGUGUUAGAAUUUGGAGACAUUCAUUUGUAAACCCUCAUAGAUAAGUAAGCAUUUUUCACGCUAA